UUUCCCCCCCCCUCUCCGCUCCCUGUAAAGCUUUCCACGGCUCCCCGAAUUUCUGUUUACCAACCUCUCUGCGGUUGUGUUGCAAGGCGCAAUGAGUUAUUGCUUGUCAAAGUCACCAAGAUUCUUGAAGGAAAGGCAUUAUUAUUAAGCAUAAGGCACUGUUAUGGUUAUGAGUCCUGCCUUGAAAUCUUACAACGAGGUGAAUCGCUUGUCACCGUGACUUGUCCAACUUGUUUUAUCUAUCGUGUUGGUGGCUUCGUUUUUUUUAAUCCUAAUCCAGCCCAUAAAGCAUCAAAUGUUCACAGUGAUCAUGCCACACAACCUGCUGUGAAUGUCGCCCAGUGGAGGCGAGGGCUCCUCAGCUACAAUCAGUACCUGCAGAUCUGGCACCUCCCUGAACCGGUCUGGUCACCGCAGACAGAGAUCUUGAGCUGCGGGCUGUCUUGUCUUGGAUGAAGGGAGGAGCAAGACAGAGAGUGAUAACUCAGCAUAUUGGGUCACGUCCUUUGCAUCAGAUAUCACCAGCAACCUGGAGGUGAUGUCAGGUCUAGAGGCAACUUCUUACUGAGGGCUUGCAAGCUGCAGUGGCCAAUGCGAUCUGGUUCCAACUCAUGAUGCACAAUUUCAAGGCCCCUUCUGCUCUCUCGUCUUCAAGCUCUUUAUCUUUAAACCAGACUUAGACUGGAAAGUGCUUCAAACAGAGGACUACUUCACAUAGAGAACUGUCCCCUGAUAGCCCUUCAAGAGUAGAAGAAUGGCUAGGAUGGAAACAAGAACGAGAUACCUGGAGCCUUGGAUGAUUGCGCUGAUUGUCCUAGCAGUGUUUGCAGUCGUAGCCCUUGUUGUCGGCCUGCUGGUUUAUUUUUUGGUAUACGAUCAGAAGUUGUUCUUUUACAAUGCUUCCUUUAGAAUCAGUAAUGAGCCAUACCAACCGAGUUUGGAAAAACAGACCUCGAAAGAAUUUAGAGACCUGAGCUCCACCAUUGAGACUAUAAUUAAUGAGGCAUUUGAAGGUACUCCGUUGAAGAAAAGGAAGAUCAAAUCGCAAGUCGUAAAUCUACGUGAAGACAACAAUGGCAUUCUUGCAGACGUGGUGCUGGUGUUUAGGUUCAUUGCCUCGGAUAGGAAAGAGGCCCUCUGGAUGAGUGUGAACGAUCUUUUGCUGAGGAGGCUGAGGUUGCCAACAUGGCCCUUGAGAAUUGACCUUUCAUCUUACAAGCUCAGAGAGAUCAAUAAAGCCAACGGUGAACAUCUUAUCAGCAAUUCUACAGUAAACUUUCCAACUCAAGGUUGUGGAACACGAGUGGAAAGAUCUGUGGAGAGAAUCUAUGGAGGAAACAUUGCUGUGGAAGGGGAGUGGCCGUGGCAAGCAAGUCUUCAGCUGAACGGCAUCCAUCGCUGUGGCGCAACACUGAUCGGUGAUAUAUGGCUUUUAACUGCAGCUCACUGCUUUAGAGGAGUGAGAGAUCUCCGUAGCUGGACAGCUAGUUUUGGGGCCCGCUUAAACCCUCCACUACUGAGAAGGAACCUUCGCCAGAUCAUCGUCCAUGAGCAAUACGCCGAGAGCGUCAUGAGACAUGAGUUUGACAUUGCUGUCGUGCAGCUCGCGUACCCAGUUCAGUUUACGGCAGCCGUGCACCGCAUCUGUCUCCCGGAGGCAUCGUAUAUCUUUCCAGAAAACAUCACCUGCUUCGUCACGGGAUAUGGUGCCCUGAGAGAUGAAGGUCCCAGUGUCGGUGAACUUCGCCAAACAGAAGUGAAAAUCAUAGGCAAUGAGAUUUGCAACAGAUGGAACGUGUACAAUGGUGCCAUUUCGGCAGGGAUGCUUUGUGCUGGGUACCUGGAAGGAGGGAGUGAUGCCUGCCAAGGCGACUCCGGUGGUCCUCUGGUUACUCCUGAUUCUAGAGGAAUAUGGUACCUGGUUGGCAUAGUGAGCUGGGGUGAAGAAUGUGCGAAGCCAAACAAGCCUGGAGUCUACACGCGAGUAACUUACUAUCGGGAAUGGAUUGCUGCCCGCACUGGGAUAUGAAGCUGCAAAGGAGGAUUCGCAGGCAAUGUCAGAGCCUGGAAGCCCAAGACAUUUGGACUAUACAGAUAUAUACAUAUGAUGCAUAUAGCUCCAUUGUUUUGGUCCGUUCUGGUUUCAGAGCAGGCCUGGUGCCUUUACUGGAAGCACCAACACAAUUCCUUGCCAAAUUACGCCAUGCCCACCAGCCUCAUUUUAUUUCACGUUCUUGGUUUUGUUUUGUUUUUUGUUUUUUUUACAAGGAGAGCAAUAGAGUGAGGAAUACAGUUGCAACCAGCAAGAAAUGUUUUGUGUGUGGUUCUUUACGUCGCCAAUCCGUGAAACAGUUGUACUGUUUUAAUACAGUGGAUCUCUUACUGCCAUAUCUUUUUUGAUA